CCGUGGGAAGUUCCCAGUACAUAUUAUUACAGCAUUGUCAAAGUUAGCCCAUAUUGAGUGAAGUGUACAGUUUCCUUUUUUUCAACUGUGUAUAACGUUAAAAUAAAAAGAAAAAUUAUCUACGGGGUCAGACACUGUACUGUGUGCGUUUUUUAGGGGGCUUUAUGAUGUAAGGACCCUUUAUAACAAAGGAUGAAGUUCGUCUGAUUUAAAGAAAUAAAAGGACAAGAUCGUAAAUCCUAAAACUUUCCAUGAGACGUCUCUAGGUGGAAGUGUUAGUGAUGGUACUAAAGAGUGAAUUAUGGAGAGAAAAAUGGGGGACCAGCUCAACAAAGCGUAUGAAGCCUAUCGUCAAGCGUGCAUUGAAAAAGAAAGUGCUAAGAAGGAACUUCUACAAAAGACGGAAGCUUAUGAACGCCGUAUCAAUGAGCUGAAGCUGCAAUUAGAGGAGCAAAGCAAACUCAUUGCAGAACUUAGAGCCCAACAGAGUUCUGCAGGAAGUUCCUCCACAGGUAAUGUCAAAGGCUCAGAGAAUAUACUUGAAGGCAAGGAGACUGUCCUGCAGACGCACAGAAAAAAUGAAUCUCAGCCAUUAUUACUGUAUGGUGAACUCCAUAAACACCAAGCAGCCACACCGCACAGGGAGAGUGUAGCAAUGGCAAAUUUGAAUAUUGCUGAAUCAGCACCGAGGAAAAGUGUUCCUUAUCCAGGAUGUGGAAUAGCUAUUGAUGAAAGGAAAGAAGUCGUUGAGGCUUUCAAUGAGAUCCGUGGUACAUUACAGAUCAUUCGGAAUACAACAAGAAGACAAAAGGAUCACUUGAAUAAGUUGAGGAUAAAAAACGAGGCAGCAAAUGAGGGUCAGUUUUCCAUGCCUAUACAAUGCACUGAUGUCACAGUUGAACAAGGGCCCCUCAAAUCAACAAAAAAGACUAACGCCAAUAAAGAAAUAAGCUCUGCUUCUAUAACAUCCCGAGGAGUUAACCCAGAAGAUGAAGACUGCUUGGAGUCCAUUUCUAAUCUUAGUGUGAAGUUUCCACCUAUAGACAUUGAAUAUGACUUUUUAAAUAGUGUACCAGAAAAACCAGAAGCUCUUGAAACUGGAAGAACUUUCGCAGCUUUUACAAAGGACAGUGAUGAAGUUACCCAGCCUGAACAUGCUCCCAACUGCAGAAGAAUUGACUGGGAACCACUGGCUCCUGGUUCAGAUAUUAACCCCUCGAACAUGGCAAAGCCUCCUGCUGCUUCUACUACUUUAGAUACUUUUCCACCUGAGACUGUACGAGGACCACAGCAGAAACGUUUCUGCCAUUGAAAUUCUUGUACAUUGCCUGCCAUCAUUAUAGAGAAAAUUGAACAAUUGAGAAGACAUGAUGGUACUCCACUGGCUUGUGUUAUGCACAUUAAAGGUAUGCCCUUUGGUUAGCAUUACUGGAAGGUUAGGACCAAGGCUGAAUACAAGCUCCAAUGCAGGCAUGCUUCGGCUUUGCUUUGUCCAAAGAGAUUAGGCAAUUUGAGAACUUUCUUAAAGGCAGUAUCUUAAAUUACAGUGCAGAAUGCCUUUAAAGCAUUUAUCAUGAAUUCAUAUAUAGGGUUGACUCAAUCAAUUUACUAUACCAUCGGAAUACUAGCUUCCAAUGUUUUGCUUUGAAACAUUUUGUAUCAUUACCUUUACGUUGAUUAUCAACCAGAACAAAAAAUGGCACCCGCCUUGUGAUGAUCUGUGGUAGAAUAUUGUAAUAGCUUCUUUCAAAGUUACUCAGGCCUAAUUUUCUUGUUUCUCAAAUCAGGAAUGUUUAGAUUUUUUUGCUUGAACUAUGUACAUAAGAUUUCUUGCAAAUGUCACUCACAAGUUGAUUGAGAAUUUGACAGUGAAAGGUCCUGUGAGUUGCCUUGUGUUAUAGGCAGAAUAUCACUUCAGACUGGGACUUUCACUUUCCAAGUCCUGAGAGCUAUAGCCCUUUGACAAGUCCACUUCCAGACUGGGCAAGGCUGAGUCAUGGCCGAGUCUGGAGUGUGGUAUAGUAUAAUUUGUAAUCAGUUUCCACAUUUUAAAAACAUAUUGAAAAAUAUUACUAAGUAAUACUUUUUGAAAAUGUACUUAAUAAAACAUGUGUUGUUUUAAGAGGUCCACAAGUAAAUAGACAUGUAACGGCAGCAGUUGAGAGUCUCGUUUUAAUAAAGGCUCUCCAUAAAAUAAUAAUAUACAGAUAGGUACUGUAAAGAUAAUUUUGGAGUAAUACAUUUGAGACCCAUUUGUUUUUUGUUUAGAAAAACUGAGGAUACAAGUAGGUAAUUACAGCAUAGGGGAUCACAAACAGUUGUGCCUUUUAUUUAUACAAUGUUGUAUAACUAUCAUAUUAUCACAGCUGCAGUGGUAAGCGGUAAGAGUGAACUAAAUUACAUUUUUUUUUUAUAACUAGUUGAAGUCGUGGGGAGCUGCGAAACACACAUUAUAUUAUAUUACUUGUUACUUGUUCCUUUCUUCUCUAUUCUCUCCCUUGAUUGUUCUUUUACUAGUUGUGUAUCUAUUUUUCAGUAGCUGGCACCCUGCUUUGUACCAAGCCAACUGCAUUAAAAUAACUGAAACAGCUGGUAUGUGAUUAAAAGUUUACAGCGAAGUACACUGCUUAAAAAAAUCAUUUAAAAAAAAGAAUUGGUGUUGAGCUGUCACACAGCAUGGGGCAGAAGGUUAGAUAAUUGACAUUUUUUUCAGAUAAUAAUGUGUUGAAGACGUCUGUGUUAUAAAAGAUAAUGGGUCACAUCAAAAGCAAUAGUUGUUAUGCAGUGACAAAUGUAUAUGCUAUAUAUAAAUUACCUGUAAACAAGCUCAUGAAGAAAACUAUUUCCGUAAUAGAAUUUAAGAAGUGUUGGUUUAUGAGGAAAGAUAUUUCAAUAACAGUAUUUAGAUUUCAGAUAGAUUUUGUUGUUCAGAUAGUGACCCACGUUGGUUUUUUUUGUUUGUUUGUUUGUUCUGGAAAACGUAGAAUUGUUUCUAUAAUGUAUUCAUUAUGAUCUGUAUUUUUGGUUGAAUUUAAUGAGUUUGUGAAAUAGAAGGACAUUGCUUCCAUUAUGACUCUUGUCUAUAACUUGACAUACAUGUAGUUGAUUCUGAGAGCUCUGUUGAGGCCACAGGGUACUCCUGUUAUUAGGAUGUGAUGCCUAGAACAGCCGAUGAUACAAAUUAAACAACCAGAAGAAUGCAUUAGUUGGGUUAACUCUGAAAGUCACUGUGCCAAGUUGCACUUUAACCCUAGUAAGUAAACAAACAGAAAAUAGAGAGUUAAAUGUAUUAGAGGCAUAGAAAUGGAAACAUCUCCCCCCCCCCCCCCCCAAGCUGGACUAUGUAGGGAUUUUAAACAGUGUCUACAUUUAAGAGGUCUCUAAAAUACGGGCCAGUUUAAAACAGACAAUAAGGGAUGAAAUGUGCUUCAUUUUUUUUUUUUUGCAACACUGAGAGGGUAGCGCUGUCAAAAGAAAGACACAAUGAUCAACUCUAUAGGAUUCCUAACACAAUGCAAUGCUGUAGACAAAGAUGUUAGAGACAUACAGUACUGUAGCUAACAAAUUUAGUGUAUGCAUGUUCAUAUAAAGUGUAAACAUGAGGGUGAGAUAGUAGUUGUUUCAUAAAGUGCAGUUAUUUCAAAGCCCUUUGAUUCUCAUAAAAAAUGAAGUAUAUCCAAUAGUUGUUUGUGUGCAUUUUGAAUGUAUUUGAAUUUCUAAAAAUUAUCUUAAAAAAAAAAUAUUGUGUGCUUUAUAACAUUAUUUUUAGUAGUUGACCUUAAAAAGUUAUUUGUAUUUUAAUGCAUUGUCUGUGCUGAUUGUUUCUAAACAAGAAAACGGGCCAUGUCUGUACUGAGAUGCAAGAAUGGUGUUUAUUAUGCUGUAGUAUAAGGCAUAGAACAUGGUGUAGUGCUUUUUUUAAAAACAGAACCUGCAUUUAAUAUGUACAUAUAAACCUUAUGUUAUAGUCAUACUGCAAAACCAGUCCAUUGAUCAAAUGAGCCAGACUUAAAAAAAGAGGACUAGUCAAUUGAUUAAAAAGCCUGAAGUAAAAAAAAAAAAGAUCUAUAUUAUAUCUAUAGU